AUGCCUACAGCUGCAGUCUACCCACCAAGCAAUGUCAAUGAACUUCAAAGCAAACACUUGCCAAGGAAUGUCAAAUCAGCAUCUCAAGAACCAAACUGGUGUCCAGUAGCUACGACAGGGGAUAUCCCGAAGGAAAAUGGCCAACUCUUUGCUACCUCGCCUAAGGAAAGUCCUGGCAGGCAUACAGCACUGCAGAAGGAGAAUAAAGUGGCCCAGCCACCCAAAAAGACACUGCUAAAAAACAGUUUGCAAGCAGCUCACCCUACUUUACCACCUCUCGAGGAGAGACCCACAUUGGAUUUCAAGAGCGAGGGCUCUUCCUCUCAGAGCCUGGAUGAAGGCUUACUGGUGAGUGCGCACUACAUACCAGCUCAACAGCAAAGCCUGAAGCUUCAUAAAAGCACCAGAAGUGUCAAAAUUCUGAAGAGUUCUACUCUGAAACACAGGUCCCACCUGGCCAGCCUGCUGGAAAGCAACACGCCAGCCACACGGGAGAAAACCAAGCCCAUUGGCAAAAAGUGUCGGUUCCCCGAUGACUUGGAUACAAAUAAGAAGCUUAAAAAGCCCUCUGUGAGAGGGAAGAAAAGCAGCAGUUCACUGCUGGAGCCAAGCCACCCACGCAGGCAGACUGGCCUCCAUAAAUCUGUGGUCAGAUCUCAUGGACACGGCAGAGACGUAGUUGUGGCCAAACCGAAACACAAGCGAGGAGAUUAUCGCCGGUGGAAGUCAUCGGCAGAGAUUUCCUACGAGGAAGCCCUGAGAAGGGCAAGAAGAAACAGGAGAGACGCUGUCGGUGUCUAUCCGCAAGUUCCCUUGCCGUACGUCAGCCCUUAUGCUUACGUUGCUAGUGACUCUGAGUAUUCAGCAGAGUGCGAAUCCCUGUUCCAUUCCACCGUAGUGGACACCAGUGAAGAUGAACAGAGUAACUACACCACAAACUGCUUUGGGGACAGCGAGUCCAGCUUGAGCGAGGUGGAGUUUGUUGGGGAGAGCACAAGUACUAGUGACUCCGAUGAAAGCGGAGGGCUUAUUUGGUCUCAGUUUGUCCAGACUCUUCCUAUCCAAACGGUGGCCGCUCCGGAGCUGCACGAAAAUGCAGCCAAGGCCUUUGUCAAAAUCAAAGCCUCACAUAACCUCAAGAAGAAAAUCCUUCGCUUCCGCUCUGGCUCUCUCAAGCUGAUGACCACUGUGUAAUGAAAUGACUUGUCCACUUGGAACACCUCUGUUUCUACUUAGCGAAACAAGGUGCUUUCGUGUAAAUAUUUUCAUAGAUUGUUUUAAAAAUACAAAUAUUUAAAACAUAAGGUAAAUUAUGACACGGCUUCAAAACUUGGGUGGAUACUAGUGCCUUUUCAUGGAAAUAAAGACCAUUAUAAACCCCUGCCAUUUCAGUGGUGACCGUUUCAAGUGCAUAGUAUCAGAAGGCUUUGAAAAUAAUGUUCCCAAGAAUGGAUCUGCCUUGCCUAGUCUUUCCGACUCUGGGUCUUGUAAUAUCAGGAGAUCAA